GGUGGUGAAAAUCGUCCGACACAACGCCAUUAAACAAUUGCCAAACAGCACGAGUGUAGCUGCAGUGCGUGAAAACGGGGUUCACUUUACUUUGAGGCGAUUGUGCGGCGGUGAUGGCAAUACUCUUGAUACACUUGCGCCGCAUUCUGCUUCUGGUCACGGUCGUCUAUCUGGUGAGCGAGUUCGUGCGGAAGCUGCUGUACGGUGGGACAGCGGCCGUACUGCGCUCGUCGCGUUCCGUUGGCGGUUUCCUGUUUGCCAAGCGGCUUCACCUGCAGCCCUGGUUCUACAUCUACACGCUUUAUCUGUACCUGCUGCUACAGACCGGGGCCGGCUUUAAUCAGUUGAAUCUGUUCGAUAACUUCUUCCGAUAAGAGUGCGCCGGCUUUGCAUAUCCAGCGGCCGUGUUUUUGUGUCUAGCGGUGGCCGCUCGUGUUCGACGAUCGAAACCGUGCUGGCUGGCUCCGGUAAGGUGGGCCGCGAGUGUGUCCGUGUGUUUCGCAUCGGUUCGUUGGUGAAAUAAGGGUGUUUACUUACGAGUGACAGGGAGCACGAGUACAGGCCGGAUCUAAAAAUAAGACUGCGCCAGCGAAUUAGUCCGCCGAACACGAAACCCGGCACGGAUACUGUACGAGUACGGAUGGUAUGGGUAGCGAUGUUUGCGAUCGUGGUACGCACACACGAGUGAUCUGCGGUGAUCUGUGGCAGUGCGUGUGUACGAUGACUUUUGCACCAAUACGCGGCGAUGCAAGCGUUCGAUGUGUUGAAUGCGGUGCGCAAGGAGAAAAUCCCUGAAACUCCCUGCCGCAUUACUCCUGCGAGUUUUCCCUCUAGAACUCGUACUGGAAGAAUCGGGUGCGUGUGUGUGUGUGUGCGUGCGUGAUCUGGUGCAAGCGGCUCGGGACGUGCAGUACAGGGCCUACGUCGCCAGUUGUGUCGCGAUUGUGAGCUAGUGUCAGUGAAAUGUGUGCGAGACGAAGACAUUCCCGGGCACCACAGCACAUGGUUCGGGAAAGCCGUUUUAUUUUUUAUUUUUUGCGAAAGUGUUUCAUGAUCUGAUCUCCGCGUCAAGUGUGUUCUAUCGCGGCGUUAGAUAAGGGCCAUUAUUUGGGUGGUAGCUGUUCGGGGAGCCGGUACGGAAAUGUUCUAGGGCGAAUCUAGAGCUCGCUGCAGUCCACUCCACGGUGAAGCAAAAGUGUAGCGUAGCGAACGUUAGUUCGAAGACGGAGCUCCGAGAGCACGAGUGAUGCAACAAGUGGGCCGGCGAGCUCAAUUUUCAGUGUGAAGUGAU